AAUACUUCUCGUGUCUUAAGCUUCCAUAAAAUGUAAGAAAUACAUCAACCCCAAAUCUAGGUACGGAUCAACUCGAAUAUUCAAAAUAUAUAUUUUUGUCAAGUAAGAAGCGCAGCUUCCCGGAACCUUCUUCGUCUUGCUCAUGCCGCCCACUUUGAAUCCUUUCUUUCUCUCUCUCUCCGUCUUCUUCUUCUUCAACGGAAGAGGCUAACCCUAACCUGUAGGUCUGUAACCCCUCGUUAUUAACGAGAAGGAGGACUCAGUCACCCCUCAAGAGGUGGUCGGACUGCUGCUUAUCUUUGUGUCUCCGUUUUUAUCUAUUCAACUAACCUCUCUCGCUCUAUAUCUAUAUGCACACAUAUUUGUAUAGAUCUUGUAGAUUUGUUACUCAAAUUCAAUCAUAUAGUCCUCUUUUGGUUUCUAUACUUCUGCUUUAACCAAAUCGGUGAAAUCAUUUCCAUGUGGAACCUUUUCAGAUCAAAUCAAUUAGUCACACAGAUGGGACCUACAGAGGUGAAUAGAGACCUUGGUUCUGAUGAGGAGAUGCCUCUUAGCUCAUCAAAGACCUCGAAUAAAAUGCAUCCCUUUGAUUUUGAGACAUCUCAUAUUGGGUUGCAUGCAAAUAUGUCCAACUCGUGGCUCUUUAAGAAGAUGAGGGACAACAGAUCUCUCAGGAGUAUAUACAUUGUCUUAAUUAAAGCAAAGAUUAAUAUGUUGCUACCUUUUGGGCCGUUGGCGAUAUUGCUGCACUAUAUUACCGGAAAACAUGGAUGGGUCUUCUUCUUCAGCUUAGUGGGCAUUACACCUUUAGCAGAGCGGCUGGGUUAUGCAACUGAGCAGCUUGCAUUUUAUACAGGACCUACAGUUGGGGGCCUUCUAAAUGCUACAUUUGGAAAUGCAACGGAAAUGAUAAUUUCAAUAUAUGCAUUGAAGAAUGGAAUGAUUAGGGUCGUUCAACAAUCAUUACUGGGCUCCAUCUUGUCUAAUAUGCUAUUAGUGCUUGGAUGUGCUUUCUUUACUGGUGGGAUCAUUCAUAGGCAGAAAGUUCAGGAAUUCAAUAAGGCGGCUGCCGUCGUGAACUCAGGAUUGUUGUUGAUGGCUGUUAUGGGUAUAUUAUUUCCAGCUGUACUUCACUUCACACACACUGAAGUGCAUGAUGGGACAUCAGAGGUAUCUCUUUCAAGAUUUAGCAGCUGUAUAAUGCUGGUGGCAUAUGCAAGCUACCUAUUCUUUCAGCUUAAGAGUCAAAAACAACUUUAUAAUACUAUCGACGAGCAAACAGACAAUAAUGUCGAAAAUUCUGAGGAAGAAGAAGCUCCUGAGAUUUCUCAGUGGGAAGCAAUUGGGUGGCUUGCAGUUUUGACCAUCUGGGUGUCUGUACUAUCUGGAUACCUCGUUGAUGCUAUACAGGGAGCAUCUGACUCAUGGAACAUGCCUGUGGCUUUUAUAAGUGUCAUCAUUCUUCCAAUUGUAGGGAAUGCUGCAGAACAUGCAAGUGCAAUCAUGUUUGCCAUGAAGGACAAGCUUGACAUCACAAUAGGAGUUGCGAUAGGAUCAUCUACACAGAUAUCAAUGUUUGUGAUUCCCUUCUGUGUGGUGGUUGGUUGGAUUAUGGGAGAACGAAUGGAUUUGAACUUUCGGCUCUUUGAGACAGCUACACUCUUUAUCACAGUGUUAGUGGUGGCAUUUAUGCUGCAGGAAGGGACAUCAAACUAUUUCAAAGGUUUGAUGCUUAUUCUAUGCUAUCUCAUUGUUGCUGCCAGUUUCUUUGUACAUGUUGACCUUGUAGAAGGGUCUGAUGCAGAUCACAACUGAAUCCUGCGGGAUGGAGAUGGUAUUGCAACACCCAGAAAUAUUUCCAGUUCCUGCACUGGAGACAUGCGGCACUCGGUAUAUCUGAAGCUGUUUAAAUAUUCAUUUGUGUUGUAUGUUGCUUCUUAGAUCACAUAAUGAGCAAUUUCUUUGUUCUCCCAGCAUUGUAAGUUGUCCAGACUUUUUUGAUCUCUGGCUAAAUGGAAUCUUUCAAUUUACAAAUCAAGGAGAACUUGGAUGUUUGUAAUCUUUAUUAUUCUCAUUCUUUUAUGAUAGUCUCCCCCAUAAAUUACUCCAUACAA